AACAGUUGCCUCGAGACCCGGCGCCAGGCGCCAUAGUGACCGUAGCCCUGGAGACUGUUACUUGCCAACGGGAGCAACGCGCGGCCCCGGCGGCCGGAGCCCAGCGCAGCCCGCGGCGCCCGGCGGGGAGGGCAGCAGUGAGCAUGCAGAGUUCAGAGGGUGGAUCAGACUCAGCAGCUUCUGUGGCACUUCACACUUCUGCAUCAGCCCAAGCCCCGGUAGUGCAGCCAGUGCCAGCGUCUCAGCAGAGGGUUUUGGUCCAAGCAGCAGGCUCCGCUCCCAAAGGAGCGCAGAUGCAGCAAAUCUCUGUUCCCAGAGUUCAGCAGGUUCCACAACAGGUGCAGUCCGUGCAGCACGUAUAUCCAUCCCAGGUCCAGUAUGUGGAAGGAGGAGAAGCUGUUUAUACCAAUGGAACCAUACGAGCCGCCUACUCCUACAACACCGAAGCUCAGAUUUACGCCCCCAGCAGCGCAGCAUCCUAUUUCGAACCGCAGGGAGGUGGAGCUCAGGUGACUACAGCGGCAUCCUCUCCUACAGCCAUUCCCUCUCACAACAUGGUGGGCAUCACCAUGGACAUUGGGGGAAGUCCGAUCCUCUCCGGCUCGGGAGCCUAUCUCAUUCAUGGGGGGAUGGAAAACACUAGACAUUCUCUGUCACAUACUUCACGCUCCUCUCCAGCAACGCUUGAAAUGGCGAUUGAAAACCUACAAAAAAAUGAAGGGAUUACAUCACACAAAAGCAGUUUGCUCAACAGCCAUCUCCAGUGGUUGUUGGACAACUACGAGACGGCGGAAGGCGUGAGCCUUCCCAGGAGCUCUCUCUACAACCAUUACCUGCGGCACUGCCAAGAGCACAAACUGGAUCCGGUGAACGCCGCUUCCUUCGGAAAACUGAUUCGUUCGGUGUUCAUGGGGCUGAGGACUCGUCGCCUGGGAACCAGGGGAAACUCCAAAUAUCAUUAUUACGGCAUCCGUCUAAAACCAGAGUCUCCGCUGAACCGCUUGCAGGAGGACACACAGUACAUGGCGAUGAGGCAGCAGCCCAUCCACCAGAAGCAAAGGUAUAGACCAGCGCAGAAGAUGGAUGGCAUGGCAGAGAGUGGGUCCAACAGUAACCCACACACGACGCCGGAGCAAUCAGUUGCUGCUCAAAGUCAACAUCAUCAGCAAUUCAUAGAUGUAACCCAUGUCUUUCCUGAGUUCCCAGCCCCACAUCUAGGUAACGUCCUCUUACAAGAAGGGGUCACCAUGAAUGAUGUGAAAACUCUGCAGCUUCUUUACAGGCGACACUGCGAGGCGACUUUGGAUGUUGUCAUGAAUCUUCAGUUUCACUAUAUUGAGAAACUGUGGCAAUCCUUCUGGAGUCCUAAAACACCAUCUAGUGAUGGCUCUACUACCCUGCCAUCCAGCGAAGAGCACGAAGGGACCCUCCCUAAAGACAAGCUGAUCACUCUGUGCAAAUACGAACCCAUCCUCAAAUGGAUGAGAAGCUGUGAUCACAUCUUGUACCAGGCGUUGGUGGAGAUUCUCAUCCCAGACGUGCUCAGACCGGUGCCCAGCACACUUACACAGGCGAUUCGUAAUUUCGCCAAGAGUUUGGAAGGGUGGCUGAUGAACGCAAUGAGUGAAUUUCCCGCCGAGAUUGUCCAGACCAAGGUCGGGGUGGUGAGUGCCUUUGCGCAGACGUUGCGGAGAUACACGUCCCUGAACCACCUGGCUCAGGCCGCCCGUGCCGUGCUGCAGAACACUUCCCAGAUAAACCAGAUGCUCAGCGAUCUCAAUCGGGUCGACUUCGCCAACGUGCAGGAGCAAGCCUCGUGGGUGUGCCAGUGUGAGGAAGGCAUGGUGCAGAAGCUGGAGCAGGAUUUCAAGCUCACUCUGCAGCAGCAGAGUUCCCUGGACCAGUGGGCUAGUUGGCUGGAUAAUGUUGUUACUCAAGUCCUGAAGCAUCAUGAGGGCAGUCCCAGCUUCCCCAAGGCAGCCAGGCAGUUCCUGUUGAAAUGGUCUUUCUAUAGCUCCAUGGUGAUCCGUGACCUCACCUUACGCAGUGCUGCCAGCUUUGGUUCCUUCCACCUGAUUCGCCUGCUCUAUGAUGAAUACAUGUUUUAUCUGGUAGAGCAUCGUGUUGCCCAGGCAACAGGGGAGACACCGAUUGCUGUAAUGGGAGAGUUUGGUGACCUCACAUCCCUGUCCCCAACACUGCUGGACAAAGAUGACAUUAGUGACCUGGGCAGCGAGGUGGACACGGACUCCCGGCGCGUGGGGGAGCCGCUGGUGAAAAGGGAACGCAGCGACCCUGGCCACUCGCUGCAGGAGAUCUGAAACGGGGACCCGGCUUUUCUCCAGCUGGACGAAGACAUCCGGAGCCAGGUUUGACAGCCGCAAGCCUGAGUCUCCCCGUCUCUGCGUUAUUAGUGCCUCUUAGUUUCUCUGUAUGUUUACUUGUGUUUGAGGAUGGGCUCCAGGGCCGAGCUCAGGCGGGUGGUGGGACGGGGCUGGUUUGGCCGCCUGCUUUCCUCCGGUUUGAGUGCUGGCUGGAGGGCGAAGGUCCAAAGUCUGCUCCCGAGCGAUGGAAGCCUCCGUGGUCAGCAGCAGAUCGGAUGUGCCCGGCUAGGAGAGGCUGUCCUCUCCGGCCUGAGCGAGCCGGGCAAACGAGGCUUUCUCUUUCAGGGAAGGUGGUUUGGGUUUCUUCCCCACUUCUCAGACUUCACUGUGAUACAAACUUGAACCAAUCAGUGCCCAAGAAGAAGGAAAAAUACCUGACCCUUCUCCUGCAGCCUUUCAAGACAAGCUGUCCUGGCUCUGACUUUGCCAAAUCACUCGUGCCGGGGAGCGCAGGACAGUACGUCUCUCUUGUGCCCGCCGGGGGAGAGGGUUCCAGGCUGCAUGUCCAUCUGGUCCCGGUGGAGUGGUGCAUGUGCAGGCUCUGGGACUGACACGUAUGUGCUCUGGGACUGACACACAUGCUCUGAGACUGAUACAUACCUGCUCUGGGACUGACGCGUGUGUGUUCUGGGACUGGCACAUACAUGCUCUGGGGCUAUGGGACAAGCGUUCCCACCUGCCCCUGUGUCUCCCCAGCCUGGCAUUUCAUCGCUGAUCCAUGAGCGCUCCUGGGACACGGUCAGGCCAACUCAAGAUACCAAAGGACUCUGAGGAAGCGGCAGCUGGUCACAAAGUGUGUUUGGUUGCCCCCUGCGCUCUGAUGCCCAUGGACAAUCCCAGGGCAACCCCCAUCCUCACCAGGGUACCCAGGCAGAGGGGAACUGGUCCUGCAUCCUCGGUUUUUGUAAAAUUCGCGCUUGAUGUCCUGCUAAAAUGUUAAAGGGAGGGUGCAGCUGCCUGCGGGGCUGCAUCCAGAGCACGGGCGAGGGUGUGCGACUGCAGUGCCUUAGGGUGGGCCGGCGUGCCCGCUCCCCCCCGCUCCAGGCCAGCCGGCGCAGCUCAGGCUCUGGUAAAACAGCCCGUCCCACGCGGCAGCGCGGGGCUGUCACGGGCCCGGGUUUGCUCAGCACUACGGUGGCGUUUCCCCUUGCUGUAUCCCUUCGCCUUCUCCUGCGGUGGUGGCUCCCGUAGGGGCUGAGCUGGGGGAGCUUCUGCCCCAGUGGGGGUUUAUUUUCCCUUUCCAUGUCCUGCGGGGUCUGGGCUGACAUGGACUGCAGGGCAGAGGAGGGGGGUGGAAUCUGUCAUCAAGCCGAGCUGCAAAAACAAAGCCCCGGGGCAAAUUUUGCUGUGAAUAAAGGCCGUGUCAUAAAUAGCUUCUAUUAUUCUUAUUUCUAAUGAUGCAGUAUUUGAUGUGAGCUUCUCCAGGGGUCUCGUGUACAUUUGCAUAUCAGAGUAUAUUCUAUCCAAAUAUAUUAUUUACUCAUUCCGAAUGGUACUAAGGUAGCUGUGACACUUUAAAAAAAAAUAUUGCUAAUGGAAAGUAAAAAGAAAGUGUGUAUAGUGGCACAUCUUUCCCUCUUACUGUCCCGUGCUGUUGUCUGUCAGGGUGAUGUUUGUCUGUAUAUGUCACAUAUCAAAGUAGCAGGAGAGAAGUGGGAAAGCUGGAUUUAUCUGUAAAUAAUGACAAUGCAUACUCCCUGCAUCAGAGUCCACGCUUCAGAUCCUGCUGAUGAGAUAAGAUGGUCUAAAAAAACAACUGAGCAACCAAGUCUUAAACUCCCCUGCUCCCACCGAGUGUGAUAUUAACUUCAGCUGGUGCAUUGGCUCUUCUUUGCAGCCGCUUCCGACUGAACCCAGCCACCUUCUGCUUACCACGGACGGGCAAAUGAGAUGCUCUGGAGCUCUGCAGCACUGUGCAAGGAGUCUGGAUAACCACCUAAACCUGAUAUGCACAAAAUUCCCAGCUAAACCUGAAUAGCAAUAAACAUAUAUCAAAUGCUCAGGCCUGUA